AUGGGCUUCUGGAACAGGUCGAACAAGACCUCUGAUGUCGAUCUCCAAGACAUCACGACGACUACAGACCACGAAAAGAAUCCUCACCCUGAAGAUGGACACCCAGCUGUUCCCGAUGAUGCCCUACCCGCUGAGGAUGUCACUGAGGGUGUUAAGGACAUGGAAGCCAUCACCCUCGUAUGGACCAAGUCAUCUCUGAUCUGCCUCUUCAUCUUCAUUUGGCUCGUUUACCUUCUCAAUGCCUUCCAGAGCUCGACCGUCGGCAAUUUGGUACCCUAUGUCACCAGCGACUGGGGCUCGCACUCGCUUCUCAACACCAUUGGUGUCGUCGCGAGCUCAAUGACUGCCGCUGUCUUCAUCCCGCUUGCCAAACUCCUUGAUCUUUGGGGCAGAGCUGAGGGUUAUCUUUUGAUGGUGGGAUUCUGUGAAUUGGGCUUGAUUCUGAUGGCUACGGCCAAAGACCUGUCGACUUACUGUGCCGCGAACGUCUUUUACUCAGUCGGUUUCACAGGCCUGAUCUACAGUAUCGAUGUUGUGACUGCCGAUGCCACCAAUUUAAAGAACCGAGCCUUGGCAUAUGCAUUCACGUCGUCGCCCUACAUGAUCUCUGCUUUUGCCGGAUCUUACGCUUCGGACAGAAUGCUGGCUGAUAUCGGCUGGCCUUGGGGCUUCGGCAUUUUUGCCUUCAUCACGCCCGUUGUCUGUGCGCCCUUAUAUCUUCUUCUCAAGAUCAACUUGCGCAAGGCCAAGAAGAAUAUCUUGCCAAGGAAGGCCAGUGGUCGCACGUUGAAGGAGAGCAUCUGGCACUAUGUGCUCGAGUUUGACGUCCUCGGAGUAUUCCUCUUUGCCGCUGGCUUGGUCAUCUUCCUCCUCCCUUUCACCAUCGCUUCCACGGCACCCCACGGAUGGUCAACUGGAUACAUCAUUGCCAUGAUCAUCGUUGGCUUCAUCCUUCUUGUUGGUUUCGCCCUCAAUGAAGUUUACUUUGCGCCAGUUCCGUUCCUCAAAUUCCACUUCUUGACUGAUCGAACCCUUGUUGGCGCUUGCCUCCUCGAUCUUACUUAUCAGAUUUCGUAUUACUGCUGGAACAACUACUUCACGUCCUUCCUUCAAGUUGUCAACUAUCUGACAGUCGCAGAGGCCGGUUACGUUAACAACACCUUCAACGUUGUGUCCGGCUUCCUGUUGUUUAUCGUGGGUUGGAGUAUCCGUAGGACUGGAUACUUCAAGUGGCUCCUCUGGGUCGGCGUGCCGCUUUAUAUCCUAGCCCAAGGCUUGAUGAUCUACUUCCGAAGCCCAACUGGCUAUGUGGGAUACUUGGUUAUGUGCCAAGUUUUUAUUUCUGUCGGCGGCAGUGUCUUCACAAUUUGCAUGCAACUCGCCGUUCUUGCCGCUGUCGAUCAUCAGCACGUUGCUGCGGCGUUGGCUAUGUUGAACGUCACUGGCACAGCGGGUGGCAGUAUCGGCGACACAAUUUCUGGCGCCAUCUGGACCAAUACCUUUGAGAAAGCACUGAAGAUGUAUCUGCCCGCAAGUGCGCUUGAGAACCUCGAGGCUAUCUACGGAGAUCUUCCUACGCAAUUGAGUUAUGCUAAGGGCACACCAGAGCGCAUCGCUAUUCAGAAGGCAUACGGAUAUGCGCAGACUCGAAUGUUGGCAGCUGGAACGGCCAUUAUGGCAUUAUCAUUUAUCUGGGUCGCUCUUAUCAGGAACUUGAAGGUCUCGGAGAUGAGACAGACCAAGGGUAAUGUUUUCUAG